AUGUCCGAACAGGGUAGAAAGAUCAAGCUUGGUAGUCCCGAGUUUAGGGAGCUAAUGGCUAAGAAAGCUGCUAUCGCUGCCGCAGCUGCCGCUUCUGCUAUAGCAUCGCAUGCUCCCGUAGCGAACGAAACACCUGCCCCUAACGCUCCUGCUACCGGCAUUCUUGCCCAAGUAUCCGCUGCCAUUCCACCCGGCACAUUCAGGGCUACGGCUGCGCCUGGGCGCGCGCCUGAGACUGCACCUGAUUUCGUGCUUUCGUCCACGCUCCAGUCUAUGCCUACGGCUAUCCCUGAUGUUAGUACAACCCAAGCUGACGAGCCGGCCUACCAUACUCUCGAAUCAGGCUGGGGCCACUCAAAGGGUAAAGAAGUUGCGUGCCAUAACCCAACGCUCUAUCAUGCUGUAAGCUAUCUUUCCACCUAUAGUUCUACUGUAUCUGAUAAGCACCAGCCGGCGAACUUCGGAUUUGUCCUGAGCGACCAGCUCCCGUUCGGAGUCUCCUCAAGCGGCAAUAGUUCAUACUACAGCCCGAUCAGAAUCUUCCCUAGCAUCGACGGUACCUACCGAUCGGCUAAUGCUGAGGUGCAACGUAAGCCAUCGUGGGGCGCUGCUUCGAAGCCAUCGACUAAGUCGAAACCCAAUGAGCCUACCGUGUCAGUUGCCCAGCGACAUAAAUAUGUUCAACACCGUGAGCAACCCGUCCAGCAGGACCACAAAACGUCCCAGCCUGAAGAGCGAUCCGCUGCGCCUUCUCGAUCUGCGCCACCAGCUCGUCAGUCAGUCCAACAGCAUGCUUCGCAAUCCCCUCGACCGGCUCAUAUACCAGUCAAUGAGUGUCCUUCUCGUUCCCCACGUCUCGGCCACCAGCCAGUCCACCUGCGCUACUUUGAUAGUUAUGGUGCUCUCGACUGCGGAGCGCAGACGCUGGGUCUUUACCUCGACGGGCUUCGAGACGAACUCACAAUCCGUGGUCUUCCAUUCCCAAAAACUGAUAACUGGAGGGAUCUCGCUUCUGUCCUUGCCGAAAAUGACAAGGAGUGGCGGAAACAGCUUUUCACUCUGGAGCGUGAAGUGCUCAGCAAGCUCUGUGGCAAGGAAAAGGUCGAUGCCUUCAUGCGAACUGAGCCCUUCAAGAACCAGGAGUACUUCGACUACGGUGAUUUAGAAGCCGAAUUGAUCUAUCACUACAAAGAAACUCCAGAGUUUUCUGAGCUUAUGACUAAUGUUUUGGAUCUACGGAGCGUGGCGUACAACAUGCUGCUACACAUAGCCAACCACGAGUAUGUGAGCCUAGGUACCAAGAUGCCUGAUUUUCAUCCAGACUUCGCGAGAAGGAUUGCGGACUUCCGCGCCCGGAAGAUCGCUACAGAGGGCUCUCCUCUUAGACAGCGGGUUGAAAAGUACGCCCGCGGCCGAGGCACUAUUUCUCCUCCCGAGCGCUCAGAUACUGCUCCUGUUGGGUCGCAGGGGAGAAAGCGUCGGCGCGGAAAAGACCUACAGGAAGAGGGCGAAACGAAGCCAGCGAACAAGAAACCUCGAAAAAAUGCGGCUUCUGUUUCAAUCGAAAAAGAAUUUGCCGCAUUUCAGCCCGGAUCCGCUACAGGGUCGAGUCCUGAGCAGUCUACCCUUGCUACACCAGCAAGCAGGUCCCCGAUUAAUGUAAACCCAGUCUCUACGCCAGGAUCAAAACACACAAAGCGUCAGGGAGAUACAGAGGGAGAGGAAGGGCUGGAUACGGGGAAGAAGAAGCCUCGUCGUGACGCUACAUUGACUAAGAAAGCGCCCACCACUACACAGGACGAAGCCGCUGCGGGUGCCACUUCGGAACAGUCAGAACACGAGAUUCAGCCAAUGAACAGAAAGCCCCAACAAGACGCUGCUCACGUUGAUAAAGCAUCCGCUUCGGCGUCCACUCGUGAGCGUUCCACCACCGCGUCUUCUAUUUGCGAAACGUCGCAGGCGCAAUCCCGCAAAACGAAAGCUGCAACCCAGUCCCCUCUUGAAGAAGACCGUGAUCCUUCAGAGUCUGAUACUCCUACCGGAGACCAUGACUCUCUUCAGACCAGGUCCAUCAAACGAAAUCUACGCAGCAACAAGAGGAAGGAACCUGAACCAGAGUACGUGUGGGAAUGGGAAGACGAGGAUUUGUCCGACUUUAUUGACGACGGUGACGAAGAUGAGUCAGUUCGGCCCUCAAAGAGGAAGCGAAGAAACAGUGAUGAAAAGAAGCGUUUCGAUCGCGCGAAGUUCAGGCGGACGACUAACCUCGUCAAAGACUAG